AGAUCCCUCUUUUACUCUCUCUCUCCUCUCUCAGCGAACCAACCAACUAACCAGGAACUCUCCAAUAAAUCGUGAGAUUUACUCCAAAGGAUAAACUUCAAUCCGAUCCAACGAAGGAAAGUUGUUAUCCAAUCAAUUGCCUCGAUUCCCGCAAUAAUUGAUCCUUGAUAAACAGUUCGCCGCCGGCCGAAUUCGCUGUCUCGAUUCGGGAAGAUGAUGCGCAGGCAGCAGGAUCAGCACACGAGGGCUCUGUACGAGCUCUCUGCUUUGGCUCUGAGCAUUCUCCGAUGUCCGCCGGCGCCUAUUGGAUUCGCCGACGCAUCUCCGGUGGGGGAGAGGCUUCGGCCGGUUCAGCAGCAAAUCAGUCCCGCCGGAUUCGCUACCUUCCUGCUAGGGAUUUCGUGCGCCUUGAUGGUUUGUGGAUCUGUGACUUUCUUCAUCGGAUUCGUGAUGAUGCCGUGGGUGCUUUGCCUGGCCAUGGUUUUGUACUUCGUCGGGAUCGUCGCCAGCUUGUCCAUGCUCGGCCGCAGCAUUCUCUGCCAUUUAUCGUUUUCGCCUGAGAAACACCCUCACUCUCGGAAGCUUAUGUGAAAUCAAAUGGGAAGAAUCAAAUGGAUUUGGAUGAACCAAACAAAGCCCGAAGGCUCCUUGCUGCCAGCUGCCACGCGAUAUGAUAAUUUAAAGUUUUUUUAUGUUUUUAAUUUUUCUCUUUGGCUAUAUUAUGAUAUGCUUCCCUCAUGCAAAAGUUGAAUGGCCAGGCCGACGACUCAUGACAGGAAAGCUGUGGAUAUGUAUCAUUCUACAUAUAUUUAUAUAAAUAUAUAAUAAUAUUAAUAUAAUAGCUAGCCUAUAUAUAUAUAUAUAUAUAUAUAUAUAUAUAAUGGAUCGCUAUACUACAAAAUACAAACCAUGCUUCUGUACUGAUGAUGAGAAUGAAAGAAGUAUCAGAAACGUUUUGUUUUUGUCCCUUUUUGGUCUGUAUUGUUCUUCUUAAUUACUAAUAUAUGCCUUUUGUAUGG